UGCUCUUUUCGCGCUGACACCGCCGCCUCUUUCCCCUGCGAGUCUGCUCCACGCUAGAGGUGACCUGGCUGCCUGAGCUUGCUCUGCAGGUGCUGAAAUCGUCUGCGCACUUUGCUAAUCAUGUCUGAACCAAUCAAAGUCCUUGUGACUGGAGCAGCUGGGCAGAUUGCCUACUCGCUACUGUACAGCAUUGGAAAUGGAUCUGUCUUUGGUAAAGAUCAGCCUAUAAUUCUUGUCUUGUUGGAUAUAACUCCUAUGAUGGGUGUCCUAGAAGGUGUUUUAAUGGAACUACAAGACUGUGCCCUUCCCCUCCUGAAAGAUGUCAUCGCAACUGAUAAAGAAGAAGUUGCCUUCAAAGACCUUGAUGUGGCUAUUCUCGUUGGCUCUAUGCCAAGAAGGGAAGGCAUGGAGAGAAAAGAUUUACUGAAAGCAAAUGUGAAAAUCUUCAAAUGCCAGGGUGCAGCACUGGACAAAUAUGCCAAGAAGUCAGUUAAGGUUAUUGUGGUAGGGAACCCAGCCAAUACCAACUGCCUGACUGCCUCCAAGUCUGCACCAUCCAUCCCCAAGGAGAACUUCAGUUGCCUGACCCGUUUGGAUCACAACCGAGCUAAAGCUCAGAUUGCUAUUAAACUUGGUGUGACUUCCAAUGAUGUGAAGAAUGUCAUUAUUUGGGGAAACCACUCCUCAACUCAGUAUCCAGAUGUUAACCAUGCUAAGGUGAAACUGCAAGGAAAGGAAGUUGGUGUUUAUGAAGCUCUGAAAGAUGACAGCUGGCUCAAGGGAGACUUUAUCGCAACUGUGCAACAACGAGGUGCUGCUGUGAUCAAGGCUCGGAAACUAUCCAGUGCAAUGUCUGCCGCAAAAGCCAUCUGUGACCAUGUCAGAGACAUCUGGUUUGGAACCCCAGAGGGAGAAUUUGUGUCCAUGGGCAUUAUCUCUGAUGGCAACUCCUAUGGUGUUCCUGAUGAUCUGCUCUACUCAUUCCCUGUUACAAUCAAGAAUAAGACCUGGAAGAUUGUUGAAGGUCUCCCUAUUAAUGAUUUUUCUCGUGAGAAAAUGGAGCUUACAGCAAAGGAACUGACAGAAGAAAAGGAAACUGCUUUUGAAUUUCUUUCCUCUGCCUGACUAGACAAUCAUUUUGAUCUCAAUCAUGUUACUAAUCGCCCCAAAGCUGAAGAAUCUAAAUGUCGUCUUUGACUCCAGUAGCAAAUUAUUAUAAUGCUAUACUUAAAUUUCUUGUGGGAGGGACACAUUUAAAAGAUUGUAAGCUUCUUAGUACUAAUUUGUGAGUUUAUCAUCAUGCUGUUAGUGCUGAAUAAAAUGUGUUCAAGUGAAA